AUGGGCUCGUGCGCCUCGGUCCACAAGGACGACGUCGGGCUGCCCAAGAAGCAGCAGCUGCUCGCGUCCUCCUCGCCGCCGGCCAAGGACGACACCAAGGCCGUCGCCGGCGCGCCCGUCGGCGACGUGCUCGUCGACCUCAGGCGCAAGAUCGAGGGGUUCGGCCCCAGCAGGACCCCUGACUCCGGUAGCAAGGAUGAGAUGUUCUUUGAGUCUCAACCGUGGUUGGAUUCCGACUGCGAGGAUGACUUCUACAGUAUAAAUGGAGAUUUCACUCCGUCGCGCGGCAGCACUCCAGUCCAUCAACCCAGGGCGCAGACCGUGAUGAGCAACGUGUUUCUUCCUGAUAACGCCGCGCGGAGCCCCAACUCAUCGGAGGCUUCUCCGACCGGACGGAGAAAAUUGGCCGACCUCCUGCAAGAGGCGACGCGGAACGACACCGGAGAGACCGCUGCCGCCGCUGCCGGAGAGGCAGACGGUAGCAAGAGCGGACAGCAGGCCGUCGCCCCAGCUGCUGGGAAGACGGUGUCGGAGCCCAGCUCCGGCUGCAGCACGGAGCCGACGCCUGUGAGGGAAGCCCGGACCCGGAAAGAGAGGGCCUGGUACUCCGGCCGCUGCUGCCUGCCGACCUUCGUCCACAGCCUGGCCCUAGACGACGAGGGGCGGCAGAAGACCGGCCCCGGCCCGUGCGCCGUCUGA